GAGAUGGACCCCGGCCGAGGCAGCUAUGGAGACCAAAGGCUACCACAGUCUCCCUGAAGGUCUAGAUAUGGAAAGACAGUGGGGUCAAGUUUCUCAGACUGUGGAGCAAUCUACCCUGGGAUCUACAGAGAGGACCGAUGAGAGCAGCUACAUGGAGAUUGUCAAUGUGAGCUGUGUUUCCGGUGCUAUUCCAAACAACAGUACUCAAGGAAGCAGCGAAGGAAAACACGAACUACUCCCCUGCCUUCAGCAAGACAGUAAUCGGUCUGGGAUUGUAACAUCUGAUAUUAAAAUUGAGCUGGAGUCCAAGGAACUUUCAGCAACUGUAGCUGAAUCUAUGGGUUUAUACAUGGAUUCCAUAAGGGAUGCUGACUAUACAUAUGAUCCACAGAACCAACAAGGAAGCAUGAAUCCAGCCAAGAUUUAUCAAAAUGUUGAGCAGCUGGUAAAAUUUUACAAAGAAAAUGGCCAUCGCCCUUCCACUCUCGGUAGUGUGAGCAGACCCUUGAGGUCAUUUAUGCCUGAUUCUGGAAGCUCCAUGAAUGGUGGGGUCAUGCGCGCCAUUGUUAAAAGCCCCAUCAUGUGUCAUGAGAAGAGCCCCUCUGUUUGCAGCCCUCUGAACAUGCCAUCUUCGGUCUGCAGCCCUGCUGGCAUCAACUCUGUAUCCUCCACCACAGCCAGCUUUGGAAACUUCCCAGUGCACAGCCCUAUCACCCAGGGAACUCCUCUGACAUGCUCCCCUAACGUGGAAAAUCGAAGCUCCAGGUCGCACAGCCACACAUGCGCUAGCAACGUGGGCUCUCCUCUCUCAAGUCCAUUAAGUAGCAUGAAAUCCCCGAUUUCCAGCCCUCCAAGCCAUUGCAGUGUAAAAUCUCCGGUCUCCAGCCCUAAUAACGUCACUCUGCGAUCCUCCGUGUCUAGCCCUGCAAAUAUCAACAACUCAAGGUGCUCUGUUUCCAGCCCUUCCAACACAAAUAACAGAACCACGCUUUCCAGCCCAACAGCCAGCACUGUGGGAUCUAUCUGUAGCCCUAUAAACAAUGCCUUCAGCUACACUGCUUCUGGCUCCUCUACUGGAUCCAGUGCAAGCUGGGAUGUCGUUCCAAGUCCAGACACACACGAGAAAUGUGCUCAAGAGGUCCCUUUUCCCAAGAAUGAGGAAGUCGACAGUGCCAUGUCCAACGGUGUGUCCGGCCAGCUUAACCUUGUCCAGUACAUAAAACCAGACCCAGAUGGAGCCUUCAGCAGCUCAUGUCUAGGAGGAAAUAGCAAAAUAAAUCCAGAUUCUCCAUUCUCAGUACCGAUCAAGCAAGAAUCAACCAAGCAUUCGUGUUCUGGCACUUCUUUUAAAGGGAAUCCCACAGUAAACCCAUUUCCAUUUAUGGAUGAUAAAGACUAUUACUCUCUAUCAGGAAUUUUAGGACCACCUGUGCCGGGCUUUGAUGGUACCUGUGGAGGCAGCGGAUUCCCCAUGGGGAUUAAACAAGAACCGGAUGACAGCAUCCCUUUGUCUGCCAUAGUUGGUGUGAAUUCAGGUGGACAGUCCUUUCACUACAGGAUUGGUGCUCAAGGUACAAUAUCUUUAUUAUUGGCUAGAGACCAAUCUUUCCAACACUUGAGUUCCUUUCCUCCUGUCAAUAUCUUAGUGGAGUCGUGGAAAUCACAUGGUGACCUGUCAUCUAGAAGAAGUCAUGGAUAUCCGGUCCUAGAAUACAUUCCAGAAAACGUUUCAAGGGAAACCUUCAACAUGAGAACGAGAGCUUGUCUUUGUUAUAAGAAGGAUCAUGAACCCAUUCUGUAG